AUGGGCCUGCUGGGAUUUAAGGUGCUCGUCUUUUCUUUCGUCUGUGCCGUUUGUCAUCCUCUCAUACCAACCAUCCUGAAGGACUGCCAGCCGAGGCUUCACGGCCGCGAAGUGGCGCCCCGCCUGUGCCCCGUCCAGGAGUGGGCCGCAUCAAUCCCCGGUACACACAGCGGGGCCUCUGCUGCAGACGGGCCCGCGGGGGCCGGCUAUGACUCGCUGCACCCCUGGCGCGACAGCUUUGCCCGCUGGCGCGAGUGGCCUAUGGCGGCCAUGCGGGUUGGUACCUUUGGUCUGGGGCUGUCCAUCCCCGGGUCGGUGCUAACUCAGCAGCUGCUGGUGGCAGCCGGGGCACCCGACGGCGCCGACGGCUGGGCCGAUGUGGCCACCCACCUGGCCUCCCUGCUGAUCCUCAGCGGCGCCGCGGCCAUGCUGCACCACGGCCUCGUGUGGCGAGUGCGGCUGGGCUUGGCUGCCGCCGUCAGCGCGGCCAUAGCCGCGUGCGCGCUGCCUUCCAACGAGCACAUCUGCUCCACAGAGCUUAUGAGCAGCCCGGCGGCGCAGCGCGGCACGCACCAGGCGUAUGCGCUGGUCAGCGCGGUGGCGUGCCUGGUGCCGCUGCCCAUCUCGCGGCUGGUGGCGCUGGACGGGGCGGCAGAGUGCGGCGCGCUGCUGGCGUGGUGCCAGCUGGGCGUGGGCCUGCUGUGCCCGCUGCUGUACGAAGCGGUGACCACAGCGCGCCUCUUCCGCGCCCACCAGCAGCAGCGCGAGGCGGCCGGCCUGGAGCGGGAGCAGGGCGCCCACGCCGCGCUGUUUGAGUUCAUCGACGGGCUGACCCUGGACGGCUGCGCCCUGCACACCGGCCUCAUCUGCUGGGCCCUGCUGUCCUGCGCCUUUGACUGGUGCAGCUACCUGGCGGGCGCCGCCGGCCCCGCGGCCCAGCAACAGCUCGUCUGAAGUGAAGUGCCCGGUCCAGGAACCCAUCCCAUCUCAUCUCAUCUCAUUCUAUGAAUCCAUUUAGCAAAACCUAGCCUGCAUCCAUUCAGCAGUAGGACCUAGCCUGCAUUGCACCUGCAAAGUGACUCACUACGUGACGCCGGCCCCGCUGCUGUUGAGAGCAGCUGGUGCGGCAUCCUAUCCCUGACCUUGCUUCCCCUCUAUCAUGUUUGCAAUCACUAAUACACCUGCACACUUCCCUGUAUUGCACCAAGAAUCAAACCAGCUGCAGCUGCGAUGCAAUGCGCCCUCGCUUUGCUUGAGGCCCUCUCCCUCCUUGGUUCUGUUUCCCACGCCGCCAGGGCAACUGCUCCGCCCUGUCUUUCCUCUGCUCCUUUCCAUCCUUUCCUCUGCUCCUUUCCUUUUUUGAGAGGCUUUUGAGAGGCAUUCUGUUGAGAGGCGCUCGGUGCGCCCUUUCUACCACCCCACUAUCUUGUAGAGCAUUGGGUUGCGACUCGACGCUAUACUAGCCAUUGUCAGGGCUGCGAAUCGGACUAACACAUGCCCAUCAUGCAUCCGCUUACAGUGUAAACAGGCAAACAAGAG